GGUCGAUGAUCCUGUUACUUUUAAUCACACGAAGCCAGAUUAAAUUAAAUAACUACUUCUCCAACCUUGCACUUUUCUCCAGAGUGCCGUGGUUCAUUGUUUAUUAAUGUAGUUCAUUCUACUUGUGAUGGUCGGACAUGGCAACCUGUGCAGCCCAUGUAUUGAUUCCAUCCGAUAGCUGCUAUAAUACAAAACAAAACGUCUGCCUCUCUCCACAAUGAUCAAUAACAGUGAACGGAUGGUCAAAAUAAUGAUGUGGACGGGGAAGCAAUUUCCUAUGGCCUGACCGAGACGAUGGUCGCAUACCUCUUUGAAGGUUCCUUCAAAAAGCAAGCUAAAUUCCUACAAUUUGCACGCCAGCUGAAGGAGCCAGAGCCAACUACAACGCUGACUUUUGAGAUCUUGCCAAAUGAUUGUCUUCUCCAACAUGUCAAGAAUAUGGGAGUUUCCCUGCUGUGUUUACCCUGCCAACGUUCCCCAAAGAUAUCCAGACCAAACUGGACACAAAACAACCAUGCCAUAAAGUGUCUACUGAUAGACACAAACAUCGUGAGGAUAUUGCAUGAGACGAUGGCACAAUACACAAUGUAUCCGACAAAUUCUGAAUAUAUUAAAGUGGCCAAAGCAUUGAUUUUCAGGUAUCCUUUCCUGAAGGAUAUGGAGGGGAAUGGAUAUAACACCUGGCAUAUGUCUUUAAAACGGCGGUUCAAAGCUGAAAGGACGCCCCUGGUCCACCACGAGGUAGUUCCAAACAUGAAGCAAAAGUUUGGGCAUCAUAGAUCACCCCAAGCACCAGAAAAUAACCAGGGAAGCAUAACGACUUCUGACAGACGAUCUUCAGACAUCAUUUCUGUUUCUGGGGAGGACGAGUCCUCCAUUGGUGCACACACACAGGUUUUGAAACGACAAUACCUGAAGACCCAGCCUGAUUCCUGCAUCGUUACCAACGCCAUGACCAAGACAUUUCAGUGGAGGAGAAAGGAGGUGGCUGAGGGGGUACGGGCUGAUGCUAUCGCCAAUAAGUAUCCAUUCUUGAAGACACCUGCUGGGUUGUGUGAGGAAAUGAACCGCAUCCACAACAUUGAAAACCUGCAGCACCGCUUCAGAGAGGAAUUUCUCCUCAUUCUACCCAAGGUGCUGGCCCUUGCAAGAGGAAAAUCUCCUCUGGAGAAGAUAUAUCUGCAGGCAAGAGAAGAGUCACUGAGCGAAGAUCUACCAGCCAUGGACUUCAAAGCCGGGCUUGUUCUCCUGCCAAUUAUUUUCAAGGAAAAGGUGGAGCAUCAUGUUACUUUGGAAGAGCCUGGCACACCUUACCCGACCACCCAACUGACGCACACCAACUGGAAGUCAGCCUUCACAAGAAGAGGGCCCAGUGUGGUCAAAACGGAUGGGUUUGAGUUGUGCAGGGCCAGUGAUUUGGAGGAGGGAGUCAUCGCAGCCUUUUGCGCAUAUUUCGUUUUCAACAUGGCCUACCCACCAAACCGUAAGAACACCUUGACCUUCGUACAGCGCUGCAUCCUGAAAAUAUCUGAGGAGGGGGAUAAGCCGCUCUCGACCACUGUUAUCAGAAUUCUUAACCAGUUAUACUAAUGCCUCGCCUACAUCAAUGUCCCAAGUGCUCUCGAAGAACAUUCACACUAAUGAAAUUAGUACAGCAUGUUGGACUUAUACAUGCUCAAGAGUCUAAUUUUAACAUAACUUGUGGAUUGAAUGAUUGUCAAAGUACAUUUUCAAAAUAUGAGUCUUUCAGAAGACACAUGUACAGAAAACACAAGCACUCCAUUUUGCCCUCUGAUGACGAAGAGCAUGAGCCCCCUAUGGACCUUGAAAAUGAAGAUGACGCUGCAGAAAAUGAUCCCUCCACAAAUGGCAUGGCCGAACAGCCUCCCUGCUUGAAUGAACUGUUGACAUCGUUUAGUGAGAACCUUGUUAGUUUUAUUCUAAAAUGUAGAGAAAAAAAUAAUCUUCCACUGUUGGUACAGGAGGAAAUCCUUGAUGUCAAUUUUUUGUUUUCUUUUUUUAAGGAAAACUAUGAUGCAUUCAUAGCCUACCACCUAAACAAAAGUGGCUUUAACAUGUCAGAAAACCCUGAAAUUCAGAAUGUUUUACAAUCUUAAGGAUUUUUUUGAAGAAGCAUCAAAUGUGAUUAGGUCUAAAUACAAGCUGAAAGAGCAUUGCAAGUCAAAACUCGAUAUGACUGAACCUGUUCAGUACACUUUAAGAGGUUCUUCAGGACACAAACUGGGCAGCUACUCCUAUGUUCCUCUUAGUCAAGUGCUGCGUAAAUAUUGCUCCCACGUAGAUGUUUGGGAAGAAAUACAGUCUUACAAUAACCAACAAAAAAAUGAAGGUGUUUUAAGUGACUAUUCCGAUGGGGUCUACUUUGCAGAGCACCCAUUCUUCAUGCAUCAUCCGAAUUCCUUACGACUACAUUUUUAUGAGGAUGAGUUUGAAGUAGUGAACCCUUUAGGUUCUAAACGUAACAAACACAAAUUGUGUGCCUUUUAUUAUUCAAUCGGUAAUAUGGACGGGCGCUAUCGGUCUCAAUUGAAGAAUAUUCAUUUAGCUUUACUUGUGCGUUAUUCAUAUGUAAAACAAUGUGGUUGGGAUGUCAUAUUGAAACCAAUGCUUGAUGAUCUCAAAGAUCUAGCAACGAAUGGGUUCACUGUAUCUGUUAGUGGGAUUGAGUAUAAAGUUAAUGCAGCACUAGCAACGAUUUCUAGCGAUAAUCUCUCUGCUCAUAUGCUUGCUGGGUACAGCAUGUCAUUCAACUCUGGUAGGAUUUGUAGGUAUUGCAUGGCAACUUAUAAUGAAAUGAAAGAAAAGUUUACAGAGGAAUGUUUUGUUUUAAGAACAGCAGCUGUUCACCAAUAUCACCUUGAAUGUAUAGUACAAAAUCCAGACAGUAAAGCAAUAUAUGGAGUACAGAGUAAAUGUCCAUUUGAUGAACUGCCCUAUUUUGACACAACUACCUCCUUUCCCCCAGACAUAAUGCACGAUCUACUAGAAGGAGUAAUUCCUUUAGUUCUAAAACUUGUUUAGACUCGAGCUCAUAGAGAGAAGCAUAUCACUAUUACAGAAGUAAAUGAAGAGUUACAGAAACUCUCAAUUGGUCAAAAUGACAAGACAAACCGACCUGUACUGCUGUCUGAAAAGCUUUUAAAUAAGUCAGGAAUAGUUGGAUCUGCAUCACAAAAGUGGUGUCUUUUUAGGUUGCUCCCUUUUCUAAUAGCAGACCGUGUUCCACCAGAUAGUAAAUAUUGGAAUGUGUUCCUCUUGUGUCGUGAGAUUUCAGAUAUUGUCAUGGCAUCUACAGUAAAAAAGCGGUGUCUUCCCAUGUUAGACUUACUUGUACAGGAGUUCCUCGGAGAAAUGAAAGACGUAUUUGGGAUCAUUACACCCAAGUGCCAUUAUAUGAUACAUUACUCUCGACUUAUGUUAAUGUAUGGACCUCUUCGAUCCCUUUGGUGCAUGCGAUUUGAAGGGAAGCAUCAGUAUUUUAAAAAAAAAAUGUUGCGAUUGUUUGGCAUUGAAACUUUCUCUUCUCUGAAAAGUAAUUUCAGACCGUAAUGUCCAUCAGUGAGGUUGGUGGAACUUUUCAUGAAUUCCAAAAACUUAAGAUCUUCUGGCUUUUCAUCAGCUGAUCUCUCAUUGAAGUCAUGGUUGUAUUGCUUUACCAGCAGUUCCUCCAAGCUGGUUAUGGGAUGUGAUUGACUGCAAUGGUGGGACAGCUGUUUACAAUUUGGCGGUCUCCUCUCAGCAGUCCAUUGACAACCCACCCUAGCAGGGGUCUGACAGCAUAAGGUCCAUCAUCAUCGCUGUUCACCACCUCCCAUGGUUCCAUGAGUUUUGAGACAUUAGCUCCAAUUAGCAGCUCCACGUCAGCGUCAAUGACAGGAAGUUUCAGAGUUUAAGUGGUGCCAUGCACUUAACUCUUCCUGUUUUGGAAUGUUGUCACGAGUCACAGGCAUUACAGUUUGUGUGAACACAUCAGGUAGCUCAUAGUAAUUAUUACUGUUGAGUGCAGCUGUUACGGGUCCCCGAUAUGAGGACCACAGUAACAGUGAUGAUACCUGUAAUGAGCAGGUGAGACAGGAGCAAUGAGGACACGGGUUAUUUGGUUUCCUUCCAGGUUGCUUCUGUUGGUAGUUUUAUUACACAAACUUAUUUAAACAUCUUAAUUCUCUUAUGCAUUUCAGUGUAUUUACUUAAUCAUUCACUUUUCUGACAGCUCCAUCAACUGUCAAUAACCCCUUCUGUGACAAACACACAUUCAAGCUGAACUUCACUAAUCUUUUUGUACCUUUCAUACAUCUUGUUUUACAGUAUUAAACCUGUAUUAAAUAUCCCUUGAAACUGUAA